UUUUUGGAUUUUUCCAUCAAUUUUGGGCUCCCCUGGGAUGAAAAUUUGGGGUUAAAUCUGAUUUUUUUUUCCCCUUUUCCCGCAGGAAUUCCUCCCCCAUUCCCGGAAUUUUUUGGGCUCUCCCUUUGGAUUUGGGGAUCCCGGAUUUUUUGGGGGGAUUUUGGGGAAUUUUGGGGGGUUCCAUGACCAUCCACAAUCUCUACAUCUUCGACCGGGGCGGCUCCUGCCUCUUCUACAGCGAAUGGCACCGGAGGAGACCCCCGGGAAUCCCCCAGGAGGAGGAAUUCAAGCUGAUGUUUGGGAUGCUUUUCUCGCUCCGCUCCUUCGUGGCCAAGAUGAGCCCCACGGACAUGCGGGACGGGUUCGUGUCGUUCCACACCAGCAAGUACCGGCUGCAUUACCUGGAGACGCCCUCGGGGCUGCGCCUGGUGCUCAACACCGACCUGGGCGUGCCCAGCGCCCGCGAGGCGCUGCAGCACAUCUACAGCAACCUUUUCGUGGAGUUGGUGGUGAAGAACCCCCUGUGCCCCCCCCGCGCCCCCGUGCAGAGCCUCCUGUUCCGGCAGCGCCUCGACGCCUUCGUCCGCAGCCUGCCCUACUUCGGGCCCCGAAAUCCCAACAACUGACCCCGAAAUCCCAAUAAAUGACCCCAAAAUCUGCAUCAGCGGCCCCAAAAACCCCAAAAUCCCAAUAAAGGACCUCAAAAUUCCUGUACAGACCCCAAAAUCUCAAUAAAUGACCCCAAAAUCCCAAUAAAUGACCCCAAAAUCUGCAUCAGCGGCCCCAAAAACCCCAAAAUCCCAAUAAAGGACCUCAAAAUUCCUGUACAGACCCCAAAAUCUCAAUAAAUGACCCCAAAAUCCCAAUAAAUGACCCCAAAAUCUGCAUCAGCGGCCCCAAAAACCCCAAAAUCCCAAUAAAGGACCUCAAAAUUCCUGUACAGACCCCAAAAUCUCAAUAAAUGACCCCAAAAUCCCAAUAAAUGACCCCAAAAUCUGCAUCAGCGGCCCCAAAAACCCCAAAAUCCCAAUAAAGGACCUCAAAAUCCCUGUACAGACCCCAAAAUCCCAAUAACUGACCCCGAAAUCCCAAUAAAUGACCCCAAAAUCUGCAUCAGCGGCCCCAAAAACCCCAAAAUCCCAAUAAAGGACCUCAAAAUCCCUGUACAGACCCCAAAAUCCCAAUAACUGACCCCGAAAUCCCAAUAACUGACCCCAAAAUCUCAAUAACUGAUCCCAAAAUCUCAAUAAAUGACCCCAAAAUCUGCAUCAGCGCCCCCAAAAACCC